UCACCGUAAAGCCUUAUGGGUAGGUUACCAACGUCCUUGUCCUACCAAGCGCACACCGACUGCCUUCACGCAAGGGUUUGGGGAUCUCUGCUAUUCACUUGUACUUGAAUAAAAACUGAUUUCCCAGACAUGAUGGCAGCUAGAUUUCUCCGCCGUGCUCUCCCCGCGCUCAGACAAGCUCGCUCCUACGCCGAGGCCGCCUCCAGUGCCCCGCAGAUGUCCUUCACUUUCGCCUCCCCAACACAGGUGUUUUUCAAAGAGGCCAGCGUGAAACAGGUUGAUGUGCCCACACUUACUGGUGCAUUCGGUAUCCUCCCUGCCCACGUACCCACCUUGCAGGUGCUCAGGCCGGGCGUCGUCACAGUCUUCAAUGACGAUGGCUCCUCUGUCAAAUACUUCGUGAGCAGUGGGUCAGUAACAGUCAAUGCUGAUUCUUCAGUGCAACUGCUAGCUGAGGAGGCUGUUCCCUUGGACCAGCUGGACAUUGCAGCUGCCAAGGCCAACCUGGAGAAGGCCCAGUCUGAAUUGGCCGGCACACCUGAUGAGGCAGCAAGAGCAGAAGCUCAGAUCAGCAUAGAGGCCAAUGAGGCCAUCGUCAAGGCUCUGGAGUAGACCUGUGGUAAUCUUUUUUCUUUUUUUGAUGGAAAUCAGUGGUCCAUCUAUGUUUCCAACUCAGUCACGUCAGUGUCCAGAAGAUUCCAUGCUUGCUUUGUACAGUGGAUGAAAUUAAAAAUAAAUUUAUUUGGAAUUA